AUGAUGAUGUCCGAUCUUUCUUUGGAUUUGGUAGAGGAAAUACUCUCUAGGGUUCCAGCCACAUCUCUCAAACGAUUACGAUCUACUUGCAAACUAUGGAACGCUUUAUUUAAAAACCCGGGAUUUACCAAGAAGCAAUUUCUUAAAGCACCAAAGGAGUCACUGGUUCUCAUGUUGAAGGAGUAUAGCGUUUGUCCAAUGAUCGCCAAUCUCAGCGUUUCUGCUCCGUCUAUAGAGUUUAAAGGUGCACUUAACCUAAAGAAUUAUCCUCCUUAUUCAGAAGAAGUCGAUAUACAUGAAGCUUGUCACUGUGAUGGUUUAUUGCUAUGUACAACUAUGGACUAUAGAAUAGUGGUUUGGAACCCGUGUUUGGGGGAAACAAGGUGGAUCCGAUGGCCCAAAAACAUUUACUCUAGGUUUGCUCUAGGAUACGAGAAAAACAAAUAUGGCCGUAUCUACAAAAUCUUGAGGUGUUGGGAUCGUCACAAUUCACCAACUGGCCGAGUUGAUGAGUUUGAAAUCUAUGAGUUUAGCUCUGAUUCAUGGAGGGUUCUUGAUCUCGUCGCUCUUGAUUGCCACAUAGCAUCACAUAUUGGCGUUUCUUUCAAGGGAAAUACUUAUUGGCUUGCGUCUGAUAAAAAAGACAAAUAUGGACUCUUGCUUUGCUUCGAUUUUACAACAGAAAGAUUUACGCGUCUGUGUCUUCCACCAUCUCAGGAUGUGUCUAAGAUGGCUCUAUCAGUUGUUGGAGGAAAACAACUCUCACUGUUAAGUCAAAGUGAUAGUACAUCAAAGAUAAUGGAGAUGUGGGUGACCAAUAUUAUUGAAGAUGUACUGAUGUGGAGCAAAUCUUUUACCGUGGAUAUACCCAUUCGCGGUGAUUAUUGUCCGUAUUUGACGAGUUAUCUAGUCGACGAAGAAAAGAAAGUGGCUGUGUGUUAUAAUGAAAAUUUUGAGAAAAGCAACAAGAAAGUAUACAUUAUUGGAGAGGACAAUGGAUACUACACAGAAAUCCCUUUAGUAGAAUCUAGUUACCAAGUGUGGGGAUAUCCAAUUAUUUUCAAUUAUGUUCCAAGUUUGGUUCAAAUCGAGGAAGGUGGAUGCAUUAUAAAAGAAUGA